AUGUACGACCUGCCAAUAUCAUCCACCUGUCAUGGAGCAUUGGAAGCGGUCCAGGUGGAUGCCAUCCCCGAGUCGACGUACGCCAGCUACUGCGACCUGGCUGGGUCACCAUUAUCGUCAACAGCUCAGCCAACGGGAUAUGGUCAGCCACAGGACGGGAUCCGCACCGGGGCACUAGCAUCAAUUGAGGCGUAUGAUACUCCCAUAUCAAUGGUGACGCCUAGCGAAGACGGCGGGAGUAUAUCGUCAAUGUUCUCUGCUUCACAGAUCACGCCUAUGGAAGGGUGGGGGGAGGUACAAGUGGAGAUUGAUAAUCAGUUCCUGGCAAAGCUGGAAAGCUUCGUAUCCAGAAAAGAGACAGCCGACGCGGAUCCUUACGAUAUUGAUUUGCGGGAUAAGCAAGACCUCAACGACGUCGUGUUCACAGAUACGGGCCUCGGAGGCACGUGGAAUAAUGGAGCGGAUCAGCUCUACGUACCGAAGGCAGAACAAGCCCAAGAGGAUUCGUCAUAUAUCCUUAUCAGAAAACGGCCAGCUCAUCUCACUAACUCGCUUCAACAGCCUUUAUACGAGGCGGAGGAGCUAGCGACGGCACCACAGGGGAGCACCUCAGCUCUCCCGCAGUCAGUUGCUGCACCAUCGUCAUGGGUCUACGGCAGAGAGGCCAGAGUGGCUUGCACCGGUCCGCGCCCCGGCGCCAAAACAACGAAAAAGACCGCGAAAGAUUGA